GCCCGCGCCCCUGCCUUCAGUGCCUGGGUCCGCCGGCCGCCGAGGGUGCUCGGUUAUCCGGGGUGAGCGAUUUGGUGAGCAGUCACCGCCUGCUCUAGAGGUGAGCGACUGAACUACAAGGCACUUGAGAGCUGAGGACCUUCCUGGCCUUUAUGUGAUGCAGCAAGGAAGUGAAGCCCACUCGGGAAAACCAGACAGCACUUGCAUUUAUUCUCAGUGAGAUGGGGUCUUGCUAUGUUGCCCAGACUGGAGUGCAGUGAUGUCGUCAUAGCUUUCUGCAACCUCUAAAUCCUGAACUCAACUGAUCCUCUUGCUUCAGCCUCUCAAGUAGCUGGGACUAUAGACGUGCACCCUUGGACCUGGCUAAAGCUUGAAUUUUAAGCAAUUAAUGUGUUAGGACAAAGUGUGUGCUAUUAGUUAGCUAUCUGCCUUCACCGAGUGGUGUGAAACUUCAGGCUUACAGAAGUAAUGGGCCUAGUCGCAGCCAUGGACGGUUACAGAACUUCACCGAGCAGCUCCUGGAUUUAUCCCACUGUGAUUCUCUGCUUGUAUGGGUUUUUCUCCAUGAUGAGACCCUCAGAACCAUUCCUUAUCCCGUACUUAUCUGGACCAAAUAAAAACCUGACCACCACAGAGAUCAUGGGUGAGAUCUUCCCCGUUUGGACGUACUCCUACCUGGUACUGUUGUUCCCUGUGUUUGUCCUCACCGAUUACGUCCGCUACAAGCCCGUCAUCGUCUUGCAAGGGGUCAGCUUCAUCAUUACCUGGCUGCUGCUCUUGUUCGGCCAAGGAGUGAUGUCCAUGCAGGUUGUCGAGUUCUUCUACGGGAUGGUCACCGCCACCGAGGUGGCCUACUACGCCUACAUAUACAGCGUGGUCAGCCCGGAGCACUAUCAGAGAGUGAGCAGCUACUGUCGGAGCGUCACGCUGGUGGCCUACACGGCCGCCUCCGUGCUGGCCCAACUCCUGGUAUCGCUGGCGCACCUGUCGUACUUUUACCUCAAUGUCAUAUCCUUGGUCUCUGUCUCCAUAGCCUUCAUUUUCUCGCUUUUUCUACCAAUGCCCAAGAAAACCAUGUUUUUUCACGCAAAACCCAGCAAAGAAAUAAAGACAUCACCGAGCAUGAGUGUGGUGUUAGCAGAACCUCACGAAGGGGAAGUGCUAGGCUGCGGAAGUGAGAAAUCCACCGCCACUUCAGGGAACAUGAAUGAUGACCAGCCGAGCAGCCCAAAGCCCAAAAACGUGAUCUUGAGAGUUUUCGUGCAGUGGUUCCUGGAUUUGAAGGAGUGCUACUCCUCAAAGCAUCUUUUCUACUGGUCCCUGUGGUGGGCUUUUUCCACAGCAGGUUUUAACCAAGUUUUGAAUUAUGUUCAAAUCCUGUGGGAUUACAAAGCACCGUCCCAAGAUUCUUUGAUCUAUAAUGGGGCAGUAGAAGCUAUUGCAACAUUUGGAGGGGCGGUGGCUGCUUUUGCAGUGGGUUACGUGAAAGUCAACUGGGAUCUUCUGGGAGAGCUGGCCCUGGCGCUCUUCUCGGUUGUCAGUGCAGGCUCUCUGUUCCUCAUGCACUACACAGCCAGCAUCUGGGCGUGCUAUGCGGGCUAUCUCAUAUUCAAGUCCAGCUAUAUGCUGCUUAUAACCAUAGCAGUAUUUCAGAUUGCAGUCAAUCUGAGUGUGGAACGCUACGCUCUGGUGUUUGGAAUCAACACUUUCAUUGCCUUGGUGAUUCAGACCAUCAUGACUGUGAUUGUAGUGGAUCAGAGCGGGCUCAACCUGCAAAUCAGCAUUCAGUUUUUAGUUUAUGGGAGUUAUUUUGCAGUCAUUGCUGGAAUUUUCCUAAUCAGAAGCGUAUACAUUAUCUACUCAGCCAAAUGCCGAAAGGAAGUACAGAGCCCUGCUGCAAGUCAGAAUCUGGAGGGGCCACACCCAGAGGAACCAAGAAAUACCAUCACGUCAACAAAGCUCUAACCUUAUUACGUCAACUACUACAGUGGUUUUCAAAGUCACUGAAUGAAAGUGCAGGAUUUUGAGAUGGAUGGCCUAUGUUUUGCCAUAAACUGACAUGCUUUGCACGUUUGGAUUCCAAAUGAACCUUUUCAAGACCACAGUAAAACCUCAGUUUCAGACCAGUUAUCUAUGUGCCCAGCUGAGCGGGAUGUAGUCGACAGGGCCCAUCGUCACAAUGAAACAACCCAUAUCGGGGACCCCAUGGAUGGCAGUAACUGGAAAAUUCCAGUUUCCAUCACUUGCAAGGACAUGCAAAUGGCAUGGAAUUAAACCACGAGAAAACUCCAGCCACUCUGGAGUUAACGUUCCUUUUCUGGGAGCAGAAAUACUAGCUGGACUGAUGCUGUUGCUUGGCUCAGAUACUUGUUUGAGCUUACCAAAGCAGGCAACACCGGGGACAUUUUUGUCACAUGAGCCACUUUCUUUCCUCUUCCAGUAAGUGUAUUUCUGUUUAAGUACAGUUCUCUGAGAGAAUUACAAGGUUUGGUCCCAUUUCUAAGGGCACCUUUUCAACUCUGAUAAUAUAGCAUUAUUUACAAGUUAUGAUUUGAUCAUAUCACCAUUUGAUUGUUUUAUGAUUGUUUUUCAUUUAAUGCUCUCCUGAGCUUUGUUGUUAAAUCUCUACCUCAGAGAUAGACACUCCUGUGUAUCCGCAGAACGACAACUCACGUCAAUUCCCAGUGGCCUGGGAGAGGCAAUGAGCCUUCUCCCCAUCAGGCCCCCAGAUAGGUGUUUUAAUGUAUCGUCGUGAUGUCUGUCUAAAAUAGGAAAACUUUUUAAGAAUUUCCAGAGAUUCCUAGAAGUAUUCGUAAAUAAGAAAACACUGACAGAGGAGGGGUUAUAAUACACUUAAUUUUUAAAUGGCAGAUAUUGUGCUGAAUAAAAUCUGUCAACAUUUUCAAGAUUCUUUUUGAUUUGUUGAUGAUUUCUGCUGAAAGUUAUCUGAGCAUGUCUGUCCUUUGAAGCUGCAAUAAAGGAUACAUUGAGCCAGUCUGACACUGGGAAUAAGCAGUGUUGAUUCUCCAAUUCCCAAGAUUCAUCUGCUGGAUUAAAAAUAAAAUUCAGCCCAGUAGCCAAUACACUCGCUUAGUGGAGAAAACUAAUAAUAUUCCUUAUUUGCAUCAAAAUCAAGGAAAGAAUUGCCACUAUUAUUCUUCUUAUUUAAAUUAUUUUACUGGAUUGUCAGGCAGCACAUUAGACAAGCAAAAAAAAUCAGAAGUCAAAACUUAGAAAGGAGGAGACAAAACCAUCAUUUUUCCAGAGGCUACAAGUAUACGCCUAAGAGACUCAACUAAAAACUAAGAUAGUAUGUAGAAAGUAAGCA